AGCUAAGUAAUUUGAGGCCAAUUCCUACCCUUUUCACUUCUACGUUUCUUGGAAGCCAAAUUGCUCCAACGUAAUUACCCAAGCAAGAAAAUAAUUCUCUUUUUGGAAAAGGAAAAGUAGAAGCUAAUCGAACUUAUCUUCAGUUUUCCUUCCUUGGAACAUUUGAAAUUAAACCAAUCAAUUUAAUUCCUUUCACAUUCCCCACUACCAUUUUCUCACUGACCAAACAAAAGCCAAGAAAUUUGGAAAAAGAAUUUACAAAUUAUAUGCAAAUCCAUUUAAGCACAGAGAGGGAGAGAAUUAUGAUGAGAGACUGAACAGGAGGGAUCAUCUCAACUAGAUCGUUAUAGAGGACGUGACCCAAAUUGCCGUUCGCGGCGGAGUUAGAGAGUGAAGACUAAAUUCGACAGUUUGUCGACGACGAGUCAACCUCCCCCGACAACCAUGAAUUCUGAUCUCCAAAACCUGAAUUUUCAUGCAAAUCCACGAAAUUCUGUGGCCCAAAUAUCGUUCUCUUUGAUUCUGGAACUGAAGAUCGAUUGCAAUAGAUAUUACGAGAAAAUAAAGCACGCCGGAGGCAAACGCGGCAAGGAGGAAAAGGAGAAGGAUGGACAAGAAGAAGCAGCAGUAGCACCAUCGACGGCAGGUACUGCGGCCAGGCUUGUGCUGGGAGACUUGCUUGAGGCGUUUGGUGUUCCCGGGCGGAGGAACGCGGAGGAUUUGAUCUCUGGGCAUCUGGAUCACAUAACUUCCAGGCUUCAGCCUGGGCUUUACUUGCGGAGGAGGCGCGGACUCUGCAACGGCCACAGCCUACAGCUACAACAACCGGUCGACCGUGACAAGCAAGACAAAGGUUGGGAGAACGAAGACGAUGAGGGGGAGAGCGAGUGGGGAGGGUAAAAAUGAUAUUUUAUUUUGAAGUCCCAUCCCAUCCCAUCC